UUACACCAGCUAAGGGAUCCUGUAAAGGGGCGUGCCCACACGUCCGUGCUUAGGAUGCACGGGGCGUCAUCGCCUGCUUAGGAUGCGUGAGCUCCUCCCGUUUGCGGGGCAUCCUCAGCCCCGAAAGAUGUAAACGUGCCCCUCGUCAGCGUCCCACGCCUAGCCAGCGUUCCCGCUGCCCCGCCAGAACCCAGCCAGAGGGAGCCCCGGGAGGAGUGGGAGCGAGGGAAGGAGCCAGACAAACAGGUUGCUGGAGUGGGGGCUCUGUGUCCCGUCAACCCAACAUCUCCCCGGCCUGACGCACGCCUCUUGAAGCCGGGAGAGGGAUCGGGGCAAGCCUUCCUCCGUCUCUCCCUGCAUUGGACGUCGCCGUCGGGGACUCCUCGGAGAAGAUGCCGGGCCAGAUGCAGAUGCCUCUCUGGGUGGAGGAGGGCGGCCCAGCGUCGGAGCUGUCCACUGCAGCCGGGAGCGGCGGAUCAGCUGGGCAUCCUUGUUACCAGAAUCCAGAAUGUCCGGAUAGAAUUGAAGAACAAAAAAUAGAACCACAUAUAGCCAGGCUGCGGGAGUUAUGGACCACACCUCAGCUCCAAACUGUUCACAUUCCUAAAUCGAUGAAUGCACCAUUUCUCAAGCAUCCAGAAUUCACGACAGGUCAAAAGCGCUAUCUCUGCAGCAUCACCAAGAUCUAUAACACAGAUUCAUUGAAGACACUGAUGAAGAGACAGUACAUGCACAUGAUUCAGCAUGACACACAAAAGCCAGGUAUCUCUACCCAUCACAGAAGCCAGAUCAGUCCACGCUAUUCCCAGAAGCAGCAUUCUCCUUGCACCACAUGGAGACACCAGCUGGAAAGGUUGGACUCACUGCAUUCUAGCAUCAUAGCUACACCAUCAACUGAAACACAGGCCAUACAGCAUUCUCUCUGGCAACCAGGGAGGAACAAAGAAGGGUUAAAAUGUGGCCCUCUACCUAAAGCAAGAUGUAAGUCACUAAAGAUUUUUCCAAGACCCAUCAAAGCUUUCAGAUACCCAGCUUUCACAAAUGAUUGUGACUCAUGCAUGAGUGAAGAAAAAAGAGAUGAAGAUUUAUUAAAUAAGUGUAUGCAGUCAAUGUCGAUAGAAGAACAAGGGGAAAAUCUGAUGUGAAUUUGACACUCCUGUCCUGUAGUCCUGGUUUCAGUUACUGGCCUAAAGCCAAGUUGUUGAUUCUAACAGUCAUGUGCCAAAGGAGGAGGUUGUGAAUUCUGUUCAUAACUAAUUUUAGGUCAGUACUAUGUUAUUCACUAUUGUCUUAUUGGCUCAUUUGGGAACAUUCCAAAACUGGGCUUGUGAACACGUAACUGGUUUGAUGUAGUUCAGUGUUUCAGUGAUAUUUGUGCAGUAAAAUUUAUCCAUAAUCCAAGCUCAUAUUUGUAGUCAAGACACUUAAAACCUUUCAUGUCACUAAAAAGAAGAAUAAGGAUUCUUUUAGUUUUCUUUAAAGCAUUUGCUACCAAAGGCUAUUAAAUAGUAAAUUUUACAUAAGCAUUCCUUCUCUCUCUGCUAAAUCCUCAAUAAAUGUUUGUUGAAUUGGACUUCUUGACUAUUACUUCCUAAGUAUGCUAAAUGGAUAAACUACAGAAAUAUAUACAGUGAUAUGAUCAUUUAAAGUGCAACUUUAACAUGGAAAUAUUCAUGUUCUGUACUUCAAGAAAAACCCUCGGAUAGAUAC